UCCUAGAGCUGCGGUGAAUGGGGGGCUGCGUCAAGCGCGCUAUAUAAACGCGCGGGGCUUGCUGCAGCUCCAAGCUUCAGUGAACAGCUCCGUGGUGCUGAACACUUCAGCUCCAUUCUCACUUGACGAGAGCAACACGAGUGGAAUCAUGGACGGACUCUCGUGGAAACUUUUUCUCCUUUGUUGCUUGGCCACCGCGGAGAGCUCCGCGCAAGACUUGGGACAGACGCAGUUUAUUUGCACGUCGGUGCCCAAGGAUAUGGACUUGUGCGCGGCAACCAUGCAGAACAGCGGGCCGGCGGAGGACUUGAAGACGACCGUGAUGCAUCUGCGGGAGACGGUGCUGCAGCAAAAAGAGACCAUUAUGAACCAGAAGGAGACAAUCAGGGAACUAACCUCCAAGUUGAGUCGCUGCGAGAGUCAGAGCAUCCCGGCCGCGGCGGGACCCGGCGGGAGGCGGCCGGGCGCCAAGAACACCAUGGGGGACAUUUCACGGGGUACCGCAGAGACUCUAGCGCAGCUGGGACACACUUUACAGACUCUCAAACAAAGACUGGAGAACCUUGAGCAAUACAGCCGAGGGAAUAACACCGUGCAGGCGAACAGUCUGAAGGAUCUGCUUCAAAACAAGAUAGAUGACAUGGAGAAGCAGGUUUUGUCUCGGGUCAACACGUUAGAGGAAGCCAAAAGUGGCUCGAGGAAUGACAGCGAGCAAAGGAACCGUGUGGAGUCCACGCUCACUUCUCUGCACCACCGCAUCACAGACCUGGAAAAAGGCAAAGAAAACAGACCCACGGAUAAGUUCCAGCUGACGUUCCCACUAAGAACCAACUACAUGUACGCCAAAGCCAAGAGGAGUCUGCCAGAGAUGUUCUCCUUCACUGUGUGUCUCUGGAUCAAGUCCGGUGCCUCACCAGGAGUUGGUACACCAUUUUCGUACGCUGUUCCAGGUCAGGCCAAUGAGCUGGUGCUGAUUGAGUGGGGAAACAACCCAAUGGAGUUUCUCAUUAACGACAAGGUUGCAAAGCUGCCGUUCCUCAUCAAUGACAGCAAAUGGCAUCAUCUCUGCAUCACGUGGACCACCCGAGAUGGAAUGUGGGAAGCCUUCCAGGAUGGCGUGAAGAGGGGCAGUGGGGAAAAUCUUGCACCCUAUCACCCAAUCAAACCAGAGGGUGUGCUCGUUCUGGGACAGGAGCAGGAUACACUAGGGGGAGGCUUUGAUGCAACGCAAGCCUUUGUAGGUGAGUUAGCAAACCUAAACAUCUGGAGUAGGAAACUGUCCAUCGCCGAAAUCCACAACUUGGCAACCUGCAACAGUAAAGCACCGGCCGGCAAUGUGUUCUCUUGGAUGGAAAACAACAUUGAAAUAUUUGGAGGAGCAACAAAAUGGUCCUUUGAGCCUUGUCGUUCAGCCAACUGAACUGAAUCGAAGCCAUGGAGAAAAGGCCUCUGUGUAUUUCAGAGUUUAUGUUGUUCUCGUCUUCAUUUGAUGUUUGUUAAGAGGCCAUUUGAUUUUAAGUUUAGUUGUAAGCUUCAAUUUGAGAUAUCAGCCAUUUCUGAGUAUUAAUGUGCUGAACAACAGUUUUUAUCCUGGGGGCAGUGGGGGAAUCAUUCUUGUUUUCUGAGGCGCUGAGUUGAAACCACAAAAUCGAUUUUGGUUUUGGCUUCUCCGGUCUGGGACUAGCAGCUGGCAACGUUGACUCCACGUCUGGACAUGUCACCAUCCAGGCAAGGAAUUACAUAAGCGUUCCCACCUGUUUCUCCGAGAAGCCCUUGUCAAUUCUCGUCAGUGGUUGACGCUGUGAAAAGAUGUCGAGCGUGAGUUUUCUUUCUCCUUCUCCUCCCCCUCCUCUGUUCUCACGCCGCAUGGCCCCUCCGGAACUUGCACUGUGACUGACAAAGAGAACGAAAGGAGAGGAGGGCAUGAAUGAACAAUGCAAAGUCAGACUGUGUUUGUGUAUGUCGUUCGCUUCAAGUGUUUCUGUAAGAAUGUCGCCGACUUGCCAACAUUGUUACAAAGCCUGGGUGCCUUGGGCUGGUACAAAUAUUCAGCACACAAAAUGUUUUAAGUUGCAAAAUCAGUGUUUAUCGAUUUCUUUUUUUUCUUUUUUUCUUUCUUAAGAUGGGUUAAAUUUAUCGUUUAAGGUUGUUAUCCAACAUGUGUUUUGGCAGGUGUUUGUACUGCUCUGUAUUAGGAAUGUUACGGUAUCUGUAUAGUAACAGCAUGAAUGACAGAGUGCUGUGAAAGCAUUGUUGAAAUCUGCUUUAUUAUCUUUGGGUGUGGGUUUUUUACUGCGUUGUUAUAUGCUCCAAGCAUGGCAAACCUGAGAGAUGAAUAAUUUAAUUUUUGUAAUAAAAUUGUGAUACUAAAUGUCA